UGAAUGGCAGUGACUUUUAUCGAUCAAGGUGCAUCAUUCUCGUCAUUACUAACACCUUAUCAUAUCGCUCUUGUUCUUUUUCACCUCUCAAAUUGUCCGUCUAAAGCGAUUUUGCUAAACAUCGCAAAAAUGCUGACGGAGGAAGAGCAAGUCAUUCUGCGGUAUCAAAAUGCCAAGAGGAACCUGGAUCUGAUUGCCGGACUGUGCUUCCUUAUUUCCAUUAUCAUUUGCCCCACGCUGUACUUCGUCUUUGGCAACCUCGUCUUUAUCCUCUUCCUUCCCGUCUUCCUGCUGGUGAUCAUCGAAUGCUUGGCCACACUUGCCUUAAUGAUUAUGAAGAGGCGCGCUCUUCGCAAAGUUGAAAACCUGCGCAACCUCGAGGAGGCGCGCAACCCCACGAUGGAAACGGAACCGAAGAAACUGCCCAAGAAGAUUUCUGGCAUCAUCACCAUUCCCCAGCACGAGCACGCCCUUCAGAUGCAACUCGCCCAGAUCCAUUAUGCUUAUGACCCGCCAAACUACGAACAACCCCCACCCUAUCGCAUGGUCAUCUUGAACACGCCGAUUUCGGCCGUGCAGCAGCAGCAGAUCAAUCAAUUGAGAUACUGAUUUGCAGUUCCAAUCAACUAAUCUACAAGUACCUAUUGAAAAUGUGAUCAAAAUAACCACUAGAAAUAUUUUUGAAUCAUAAAAUACGAGAAGAAAUAUUUGAAAUUUAAUUUUGAGAUGUAAUUUUGAAUUUUAAAUUUUUCACCUCUAUAAAAUAUGUAAAAUAGUA